AUAGAGCUUUUUUAUUCCAUAUGAUUCCAAGACUCAAACUCAGGUUCCAGACUUGUUGGCAAAUGCCUUUACCCACUGAGUCAUCUCACUGGUCUGAGAAAUCCUUUUAAGAAGGAAGAAUGAGCCGGGCAUGGUGGCUUUAACCGCAGCACUCGCGAGGCAGAGGCAGGCGAUCUCCGUGAGUUAGAGACCAACCUGGUCUACAAAGCUAGUUCCAGGACAGCCAGGGCUGCUUACAUCUCCAGGGCGAGUUCCAGGGCAAUUGCACAGACAGCCAUAUAGCUUCACUAUGAUAUUUUUUCCCACUGAGAGAAAACAAGAUCCCGACUUUAAACAAAAUGGCAUUUUGUGGGAUGGUGGUGUAACUCAGUAGUAGAACAUUUGCCUAGUAUGUGUGAGGCUUUGGAUCCCAUCUCAGCCCUGCAGGGAAAGAAAAGGCAUUUUCUUACCUAGGCAAGAAGUGGAGGGCUGACAGGAGCUAACCCUUGAACACUAGUGUUACCAGGUAUCGCCUGUCCCUCUUACAGUGGCCAUCGUGUGCGCCCAUUGUGUCUAUAUGUAGGUUAUUGUCUAAGGUACAUGUCUGGGAAAGACUGACGCCCUGAGCUACUCUGAAUGGGUUCAGGUAUAACCCAAAUUGUCUAGGUAGAACAGACUGAAAAAGGAGAGGUUCUUUCUCUUAGCAACCAAGUGUAAAUUCCAGAGCAGGGACCUGAAAGAGUCACAUGCCCAUUCUGACCAAUCACUGACUAAAGGGGGAGAAAGUACAAUGGCUGGCCAGGCCUUUGUGAUUUGCCCAACCCACCAGAGCCGUGUAGAUGUGAUGGGGCUGUUCUGUGAAGGAAGGUGAAAACUUACCAGACAAAAGAUGUCAUUGUGCCAGGCAGGCAAAACCAAUCCCUAGCACUAUAGACAUGUACUUUCAAUUUCAAAUUCAGUUUCAGUUCAAGAAAUUCAAUUUUGAAGGGCUUCAUUCAGUGUUGUGAAGCCCAACAGAUACCAGAUAAAAAGCCUGUUCCCUAUUUUCAUUAUUUCUGUUUUUCCUUCUUAGAAGAUUUCCUUAUUGAUUGACCAUGUGCCCUACAUGUAGUAGCAUUCAUAGCCUCUCCUUCUUAGUCCAGUGCUUUAAGAAUAGCAGGCUUUUAAUUGAUGUUCUUUUCUUUUUCUUAAUUUUUCAAGACAGGACUUCUAUGUAACAGUCCUGGCUAUCCUGGAACUAGCUCUGUAGACAAGGCUGGUGUAGGACUCACAAGAUCCAUCUGCCUCUGCCUCCCGAGUGCUAGGAUUAAAGGCGUGCGCCAUCACUGCCCAGCAUUUAGUUGAUGUUCUAAAAGUGAAUGGAUGUCUUCUCUUUUCUUCACUAAGCAUCUAGAACCUGGAAGUCCAAGAUGAAUCCUUGUCCCCUUCAGAGAUCAUUGCAGAAGUCAUAAGGUGCCUUGUGUGUCCCCAGCUCCUCCAGGCCCUUGGCUACCCACCCUUCCAUCCACUUUGCUCCCGUAAAGGGAGUUUACUUUUUGAGGAGAAGCAGUUCCUGCUUGCUGGAGAUGGAACAUGGGGUUUAGCUGAGACUACUUGGUCUAAGUGAGCAGAACAGAGUCUACUUGUGACAGCACUGUGAUAGGGACCAUGCCUCCUCCCAGGACAAGGGACGAGAGGGAUCACCGGGACCGACACCACCAUCGAGCUCCCAGGGAAGAAGCCCUGGAGAAAUGGGACUGGAACUGUCCCGAGACUCGCCGCCUCUUGGAAGACAUAUUCUUCUGUGAUGAGGAUUACAUCCGUCGUGGUUCUGAGGAAUGCCAGAAGUUCUGGUCUUUCUUUGAACGGCUGCAGAGAUUCCAGCACCUCAAGGCCUCCAGGAAGGAGGAGAAGGACCCUGGCCGUCCCACACAUGGCAUCCCUGCUCUAGCUGAUCUACCUCACACUUAUGACCCACGCUACCGCAUCAACCUCUCCAUCCUUGGCCCAGACACUCGGCGUUGUCAGGGGUCGGGCAGGUUGCUGCCCUCCGAGAGAGUAUCUGAGUUCCGUCGGGCACUGCUUCACUACCUGGACUUCGUGCAGAAGCAGGCUUUUGGGCGGCUUGCCAAACUGCAGCGUGAGCGGGCAGCUCUUCCCAUUGCCCAAUAUGGGAACCGCAUCCUGCAGACACUCAAGGAAAACCAGGUGGUGGUGGUGGCCGGUGACACGGGCUGUGGCAAAUCUACUCAGGUCCCCCAGUACUUACUAGCUGCUGGCUUCAGCCAUGUGGCAUGCACUCAGCCUCGGAGAAUUGCCUGCAUCUCACUGGCCAAGCGGGUUGGCUUCGAGAGCCUCAGUCAGUAUGGCUCCCAGGUUGGCUACCAGAUCCGCUUUGAAAGCACACGCUCGGCAGCCACCAAGAUCGUGUUCCUGACGGUGGGGCUGCUCCUACGCCAGAUCCAGCGGGAGCCCACCCUGCCCCAGUACCAGGUCCUGAUCGUGGACGAGGUCCAUGAGCGGCACCUGCACAAUGACUUCUUGCUGGGUGUCCUGCGUGGCCUGCUGCCCAGGCGGCGGGACCUCAAGGUCAUUCUCAUGUCGGCCACCAUCAACAUCUCUCUCUUCUCCAGCUACUUCAGCCAUGCUCCGGUGGUGCAGGUGCCUGGGAGACUCUUCCCCAUCACGGUAGUGUACCAGCCGCAGGAGGCAGAGCAGACAGCAUCCAAGUCAGAGAAGCUGGACCCACGGCCUUUCUUGAGAGUGCUGGAGGCCAUCGACAAUAAGUAUCCCCCUGAGGAGAGGGGGGACCUCCUUGUUUUCCUCAGCGGCAUGGCAGAGAUCAGCACAGUGCUGGAUGCUGCCCAGGCCUAUGCCAGCCUCACCCAGCGCUGGGUGGUGCUGCCUCUGCACAGUGCUCUCUCUGUGGCCGACCAGGACAAGGUGUUUGACGUGGCUCCAGCUGGAGUACGGAAGUGCAUCCUGUCUACCAACAUUGCUGAGACCUCGGUCACCAUCGACGGGAUCCGCUUUGUGGUGGAUUCUGGAAAGGUGAAGGAGAUGAGCUACGACCCUCAGGCCAAACUGCAGCGGCUGCAGGAAUUCUGGAUCAGCCAGGCCAGCGCUGAGCAGCGCAAGGGCCGAGCGGGCCGCACAGGCCCAGGUGUCUGCUACCGCCUCUAUGCCGAGUCUGACUACGAUGCCUUUGCUCCAUACCCAGUCCCGGAAAUUCGCAGGGUGGCUCUGGAUGCACUGGUGCUUCAGAUGAAGAGUAUGAGUGUGGGGGAUCCACGGACCUUCCCCUUCAUUGAGCCCCCUCCACCUGCCAGCCUGGAAACCGCUAUCCUGUAUCUCCGAGACCAGGGGGCGCUGGACAGCUCAGAGGCCCUCACCCCCAUUGGGUCUCUGUUGGCCCAGCUGCCUGUAGAUGUUGUGAUUGGGAAGAUGUUGAUCCUGGGUUCCAUGUUCAGCCUGGCAGAGCCUGUGCUGACCAUUGCUGCUGCCCUCAGUGUCCAGUCACCAUUCACCCGCAGUGCCCAGAGCAGCCUGGACUGUGCCACAGCCCGGCGGCCACUGGAGAGUGACCAGGGUGACCCCUUCACGCUCUUCAAUGUCUUCAACGCCUGGGUGCAGGUGAAGUCUGAGCGGAGUGGGAACUCCCGCAAGUGGUGCCGCCGCCGGGGUGUGGAGGAACAUCGGCUGUAUGAGAUGGCCAACCUGCGGCGCCAGUUCAAGGAGCUGUUGGAGGAUCAUGGGUUGCUAAGUGGGGCCAAGAUAGUGGCCCCAGGGGACAGCUACAGUCGGCUGCAGCAGCGCAGAGAGCGCCGGGCCCUGCACCAGCUGAAGCGGCAGCAUGAGGAGGGUGGAGGACGGAGGCGCAAGGUCCUGCGGCUGCAGGAAGAUGGCUGCUCCAGUGAUGAGGACAAUGAGGGCUCUGCUUCCCAGAGGCCUGACAGCGUUGACAUUCAGGAUGUAAAAUUCAAGCUUCGGCACAACCUGGAGCAGCUGCAGGCAGCAGCCAGCUCAGCCCAGGACCUGACACGCGACCAGCUGGCCUUACUCAAGCUGGUGCUGGGGCGGGGUCUCUACCCGCAGCUGGCUGUGCCCGAUGCAUUCAACAGUGGCCGCAAGGACUCGGACCAGAUUUUUCAUACCCAGGCCAAGCAGGGCACCGUGCUGCAUCCCACCUGUGUCUUCGCCAACAGCCCUGAGGUCUUGCACACACAGGGGCAGGAGACCUCAGGCCGUGAAGGGAGUGAAGAUGGCAAGGACCAAAUGAACUGCAAGCACCAACUCCUGGCCUUCGUCUCCCUGCUGGAGACCAACAAACCAUACCUUGUGAAUUGCGUCCGCAUCCCCGCCCUCCAGUCCCUCCUGCUGUUCAGCCGGUCCGUUGACACCAAUGGUGACUGUACCCGCCUGGUGGCUGACGGUUGGUUGGAGCUGCAGCUCACAGAUAGUGAGAGUGCCGUCCGGCUCCUAGCAACAUCCCUGCGGCUCCGCGCCCACUGGGAAAGUGCCUUGGACCGGCAACUGGCCCACCAGGCCCAGCGACAGAGGCUGGAGCAGGAGGACGAGGUGGAGUCACCAGCGGUCAGUCCCAAGGAGGUAGCUGCUCUGAGCCGGGAGCUGCUGCAGUUCAUGGCAACCAAGGUCCCCUACAGCCUCCGACGGCUCACUGGCCUAGAAGCCCAGAACCUCUAUGUGGGACCCCAAACCAUCACAGCCGCCCCUAAUCUGCCUGGUCUCUUUGGAAACUCUACCCUGUCCCCCCAUCCCACCAAGGGGGGCUAUGCUGUCUCUGAUUUUCUCACCUAUAACUGCCUCACGAGUGACACCGACCUGUACAGUGACUGUCUGCGCUCCUUCUGGACCUGCCCGCACUGCGGCCUGCACAUGCCGUUCACACCCCUGGAGCGUAUGGCUCAUGAGAACACCUGCCCCGAGGCCCCGAAGGAUGAUCCAGGCUCUGAGGAGGCUGCUCCUGCCCCACCGCAGAAGACCUCAGCCCUGCAGAGGCCCUACCACUGCCAGGUGUGCGGGGAGGACUUCCUCUUCACUCCCACUGAGGUGCUGAGACACCGAAGGCAGCAUGUGUGAUCCAGAGCUCCAGGGAGCACCCCAGGUGGGGGACAGUGGGGUGUCUGUGUGAAUAAAGCUGACUUUGCAUUUGAA